CAUUCCUCUCCCUCUUACUCUCACUUGCGAAUAACGUACCUCACUAUGUGUGAUUACACUCAAGUUGAAUUUCGAUGCGGGCAUGUGCGUUACAAGGUUCGAGCGUGGUGUACCAAUUAUGAGGAAACUCACAAGCGCUGUCCUCCUUCAGUUGUUGCAAUUGAAUUCAGACUGGACCAAAGAUGUGGUGAUAUUCGUCCACCAGCCAUAAAUCCCAUUUGGAUGGCCCAUCAAACGAGUAAUUCCAGUAUCCAGAUACGAGGAGUGGGGAAAGGGAGCGCGGGAGGUUGUCCGUGAACAGGGAGGCAAUCGUAAGAGCAGCAUCGGGAG